AUGUCUGUAUUGCAGUACAUAGCAAUCGGGCUUCAAGCUGAUGCUCAGGUGGUGAAGCUCUCUGCGUUUAAGACACUAGACAUAGUCAAAAAGACAGUAAGUGAUGGAUCUACAGCACUGGAGGUUGAGCUAGACCAGUGGAGAGAGAUGCUUCCUGAAUAUGUGACUGACAGUAUAGUGCAGCAGCUGACAACAGCCGGUGACGGUACCACGCUGCGCGGUACACUUGGUGCGGCGAUGUUGUGCGGCGCAGUAGUAACAGGUGAUGCAGAAUGUGUACGACUGCUGAUCCAGGCUGGGGUUGACCUCAAUGUACAGGUCAGUAGUGGUGUGACAGCUACACAUGUGGCAGCAGCUGCUGGGAAUGUCGACUGCUUAGAGUCUCUACUCUCUGCUGGUGCUGACUUCAAUGUGAAAGACAAGUCAGGUCGGACUCCCCUGCACUGCGCAGCAGAGAUGCGCAGGGCACAGUGUGUGAAACAACUGCUGCGGGCCGGCGCAGACGCGCUUGCGCAGGACUCGGAACGGAAGAGUCCGCUGCAUUGUGCAGCAUAUGCAAGGGCUGCGGAAUGCGUCAGGCUACUGGCCAAUUCAGCCAAAAACCUGGAGGUUAGAGACCUGAAAGGCGCCACAGCACUGCACUACGCUGCAAAGAAUGGCGAUGUUGAAAGUGUGGAGCACCUGUUACGUGCAGGGGCUCGCAGCAGCCCACUGAGUGACACCCUGGGCACACCUCUGCACGUGGCAGCAUCGAAUGGCAACGUCGACUGCGUGAGGCUGCUGCUGCAGGUGGAGGCCAAUCUGACGGCGGGAACUGCUGGUGGAUCAACUGCGUUGCACUUGGCCCCGCGUGGAUUCAACCCAGACAGUGUGAGGCACCUCCUGAAAGCUGGUGCGAAUAUCCGGGAGAAGGGUGAUUUCGGUUUGACUCCGCUGGCCAUUGCAGCAGCAUACCGCAGACCAACCUGCGUGAGGGUACUGGUGGAAGAAGGAGCUGACGUAGACGAGAGGGACAGCAAUGGUUGCACACCACUAUACUAUGCAGCAUCCAGUGGCGAGACUGAGAUUGUGAAGCUACUGCUGGACGCUGGUGCAGAUGCACUUGCCCAGGACUCGCUAAGUAGGACACCACUGCAUGUAGCAUCACACAAGGGGAAUGCAGAAUGUGUCAGGCUACUGGUGAAGAAAGCAGCUAAUGUGGACAAGAGGGACAGCCACGGUGUAACACCACUACACUGUGCAGCAUACAGUGGGAAGACUGAGAUUGUGGAGCUACUGCUGGACGCUGGUGCAGAUGCACUUGCCCAGGACUCGCUAAGUAGGACAUCACUGCAUGUAGCAUCACACAAGGGGAAUGCAGAAUGUGUCAGGCUACUGGUGAAGAAAGUAGCUAAUGUGGACAAGAGGGACAGCCACGGUGUAACACCACUACACUAUGCAGCAUACAGUGGCAAGACUGAGAUUGUGAAGCUACUGCUGGACGCUGGUGCAGAUGCACUUGCCCAGGACUCUCUAAGUAGGACACCACUGCGUGCAGCAUCAGGAGAGGGGGAUGCAGAAUGUGUCAGGCUACUGGUGAAGAAAGGAGCUGAUGUCGACAAGAGGGACAGCAACGGCGUAACACCACUACACUAUGCAGCAUCCAGUGGCAAGACUGAGAUUGUGAAGCUACUGCUGGACGCUGGUGCAGAUGCACUUGCCCAGGACUCGCUACGCAGGACACCACUGCAUGCAGCAUCAGGAGAGGGGGAUGCAGAAUGUGUCAAACUACUGGUGAAGAAAGGAGCUGAUGUCGACAAGAGGGACAGCAACGGCGUAACACCACUACACUAUGCAGCAUCCAGUGGCAAGACUGAGAUUGUGAAGCUACUGCUGGACGCUGGUGCAGAUGCACUUGCCCAGGACUCGCUACGCAGGACACCACUGCAUGCAGCAUCAGGAGGGGGGGAUGCAGAGUGUGUCAGGCUACUGGUGAAGAAAGGAGCUGAUGUCGACAAGAGGGACAGCAACGGCGUAACACCACUACACUAUGCAGCAUCCAGUGGCAAGACUGAGAUUGUGAAGCUACUGCUGGACGCUGGUGCAGAUGCACUUGCCCAGGACUCGCUACGUAGGACACCACUGCAUCCAGCAUCAGGAGAGGGGGAUGCAGAAUGUGUCAGACUACUGGUGAAGAAAGGAGCUGAUGUCGACAAGAGGGACAGCAACGGCGUAACACCACUACACUAUGCAGCAUCCAGUGGCAAGACUGAGAUUGUGAAGCUACUGCUGGACGCUGAUGCAGAUGCACUUGCCCAGGACUCGCUACGCAGGACACCACUGCAUGCAGCAUCAGGAGAGGGGGAUGCAGAAUGUGUCAGGCUACUGGUGAAGAAAGGAGCUGAUGUCGACAAGAGGGACAGCAACGGCCUAUCACCACUGCACUAUGCAGCAUGCAGUGGCAAGACUGAGAUUGUGAAGCUACUGCUGGACGCUGGUGCAGAUGCACUUGCCCAGGACUCGCUACGUAGGACACCACUGCAUGCAGCAUCAGGAGAGGGGGAUGCAGAAUGUGUCAGACUACUGGUGAAGAAAGGAGCUGAUGUCGACAAGAGGGACAGCAACGGCCUAACACCACUGCACUAUGCAGCAUGCAGUGGCAAGACUGAGAUUGUGAAGCUACUGCUGGACGCUGGUGCAGAUGCACUUGCCCAGGACUCGCUACGUAGGACACCACUGCAUGCAGCAUCAGGAGAGGGGGAUGCAGAAUGUGUCAGGCUACUGGUGAAGAAAGGAGCUGAUGUCGCCAAGAGGGACAGCAACGGCGUAACACCACUACACUAUGCAGCAUCCAGUGGCAAGACUGAGAUUGUGAAGCUACUGCUGGACGCUGGUGCAGAUGCACUUGCCCAGGACUCGCUACGUAGGACACCACUGCAUGCAGUAUCAGGAGAGGGGGAUGCAGAAUGUGUCAGGCUACUGGUGAAGAAAGGAGCUGAUGUCGACAAGAGGGACAGCAACGGCGUAACACCACUACACUAUGCAGCAUCCAGUGGCGAGACUGAGAUUGUGAAGCUACUGCUGGACGCUGGUGCAGAUGCACUUGCCCAGGACUCGCUACGCAGGACACCACUGCAUGCAGCAUCAGGAGAGGGGGAUGCAGAAUGUGUCAGGCUACUGGUGAAGAAAGGAGCUGAUGUCGACAAGAGGGACAGCAACGGCGUAACACCACUACACUAUGCAGCAUCCAGUGGCAAGACUGACAUUGUGAUGCUACUGCUGGACGCUGGUGCAGAUGCACUUGCCCAGGACUCGCUACGCAGGACAGCACUGCAUGCAGCAUCAGGAGAGGGGGAUGCAGAAUGUGUCAGGCUACUGGUGAAGAAAGGAGCUGAUGUCGACAAGAGGGACAGCAACGGCCUAACGCCGCUGCACUAUGCAGCAUGCAGUGGCAAGACUGAGAUUGUGAAGCUACUGCUGGACGCUGGUGCAGAUGCACUUGCCCAGGACUCGCUACGUAGGACACCACUGCAUGCAGCAUCAGGAGAGGGGGAUGCAGAAUGUGUCAGGCUACUGGUGAAGAAAGGAGCUGAUGUCGACAAGAGGGACAGCAACGGCCUAACACCACUGCACUAUGCAGCAUGCAGUGGCAAGACUGAGAUUGUGAAGCUACUGCUGGACGCUGGUGCAGAUGCACUUGCCCAGGACUCGCUUAGCAGGACACCACUGCAUGCAGCAUCAGGAGAGGGGGAUGCAGAAUGUGUCAGGCUACUGGUGAAGAAAGGAGCUGAUGUCGACAAGAGGGACAGCAACGGCCUAACACCACUGCACUAUGCAGCAUGCAGUGGCAAGACUGAGAUUGUGAAGCUACUGCUGGACGCUGGUGCAGAUGCACUUGCCCAGGACUCGCUACGCAGGACACCACUGCAUGCAGCAUCAGGAGAGGGGGAUGCAGAAUGUGUCAGACUACUGGUGAAGAAAGGAGCUGAUGUCGACAAGAGGGACAGCAACGGCGUAACACCACUACACUAUGCAGCAUCCAGUGGCAAGACUGAGAUUGUGAAGCUACUGCUGGACGCUGGUGCAGAUGCACUUGCCCAGGACUCGCUACGUAGGACACCACUGCAUGCAGCAUCAGGAGAGGGGGAUGCAGAAUGUGUCAGGCUACUGGUGAAGAAAGGAGCUGAUGUCGACAAGAGGGACAGCAACGGCGUAACACCACUACACUAUGCAGCAUCCAGUGGCAAGACUGAGAUUGUGAAGCUACUGCUGGACGCUGGUGCAGAUGCACUUGCCCAGGAGUCGCUACGUAGGACACCACUGCAUGCAGCAUCAGGAGAGGGGGAUGCAGAAUGUGUCAGGCUACUGGUGAAGAAAGGAGCUGAUGUCGACAAGAGGGACAGCAACGGCGUAACACCACUACACUAUGCUGCAUCCAGUGGCAAGACUGAGAUUGUAAAGCUACUGCUGGACGCUGGUGCAGAUGCACUUGCCCAGGACUCGCUACGUAGGACACCACUGCAUGCAGCAUCAGGAGAGGGGGAUGCAGAAUGUGUCAGGCUACUGGUGAAGAAAGGAGCUGAUGUCGACAAGAGGGACAGCGACGGUGCAACACCACUGCACUAUGCAGCAUCCAGUGGCAAGACUGAGAUUGUGAAGCUACUGCUGGACGCUGGUGCAGAUGCACUUGCCCAGGACUCGCUAAGUUGCACACCACUCCACUACGCAGCCUUCGGGAGGAAUAAAGUGUGUGUCAUAAUGUUACUGUAUGCAGCCUGGGUCAGACACAGAGCAAGCAAAUGA